UAACCAUGUGAUUUACAUGUUUGACAAUGUUCGAUCAUGUCCCUCAGUUCUGGUUGCUAGGGAGGGAAGACAGUCAAAGGCAACGUUGUCCUCAAACCUCCAACAGCCGAGACUUGACAAACAGGAUACACUCGUUUUAGGCGACAAUGAAGUGGACCGAGUGACCGCGCGCAACCGAUAGUUUUCAUAGUAGCCAAUAGAAAAUUCUCCAUCUUGUAAACAGACGACGGUCUAGUGACUUUGAGCAACAAGAUGACAACAUUAACGAUGCCGAAAAUGCAAUAAGUGCACAACCGUUGUCAUCAAAGCGCGAGUGAGUGAGUGAGAUUCAAAGUGGACUUCGCUUUGCUUUUUCACUUUGCCGUUGGCCAGGUCAACACAUCACCAUCAUCACACAGCUGCGUAGCUGUCUGCGCGUCGCGCCGGGCUCCGAGUUGCUCUCUCGACGGACCAACCGGACAAUUAUCACGGAAAAGGACAUCCAGCGUAAACCAGACCGUUUCCAUGCGGACCGAAACAUGCGUCCUCACAUCAUCAGAUCCAUGGAACAGGUGACACUGACAUCUGCUCCGUCUGUUGGGCAGAAUUCAAGCUGAUCUGGGAUGAAAUGUCUGGAGCCUGCGGUUAUCGUCUGUCACACAGGGCAGAGAACAAAUCUACUGAACACUUCCAUGGAAUAAAGUAGCCGACAGAAGCGGAACGGCAUCCGAAUGAACAUAGGAUACCCAAAUGGCGAGUCUGCAUCUGUUGGAAGUUUGUGGAGCCAUUUUAUCUGUUCUGGGAAGACAUUUAUAGUCUUUUUUGCAUUGGUCGACUGCUCUGUCUGACUCCAAACAGACACAAAGGGACUAUUUCUAUCAUAAAAAUUCAGCUUUAUAUUGUUGAGUUAAUUGAUUGUUGUUAUCACCACUAGUUUAACCACUACUCAGCUGCUUUUGGUUGUUGAUAAUAAUCAAAUAAUCAAUUACAAAUCCAUCAAUAUUAUUGUAAUGUAUAGAUAGUCAGUUGACAUAUCAUGUAAUGUGUGGUGGUCAGGCAGUGACACUCCUAGUAUUAUGUGCUGCUCCGUGGCUGCUGAGCAAGCAGAGAGUAGUCAGGGGCCUAUUAGCAGAGAGUAGUCAGGGGCCUAUUAGCAGAGAGUAGUCAGGGGCCUAUUAGCAGAGAGUAGUCAGGGGCCUAUUAGCAGAGAGUAGGCAGGGGCCUAUUAGCAGAGAGUAGGCAGGGGCCUAUUAGCAGAGAGGAAUCACUGGCCUAUUAGCAGAGAGUAAUCACUGGCCUAUUAGCAGAGAGUAAUCACUGCCCUGUUAGUGAGGAGUAAUCACUGGCCUAUUAGCAGAGAGGAAUUACAGGCCUAUUAGCAGAGAGUUAUCACUGGCCUAUUAGCGAUGAGUAAUCACUGGCCUAUUAGCAGUGCGUUAUCACUGGCCUAUUAGCAGAGAGUAAUCACUGGCCUAUUAGCAGAGAGUAAUCACUGGCCUAUUAGCAGAGAGUAAUCACUGGCCUAUUAGCAGAGAGUAAUCACUGGCCUAUUAGCAGAGAGUUAUCACUGGCCUAUUAGCAGAGAGUAAUCAGGGGCCUAUUAGCAGAGAGUUAUCACUGGCCUAUUAGCAGAGAGUAAUCACUGGCCUAUUAGCAGAGAGUUAUCACUGGCCUAUUAGUAGAGAGUAAUCACUGGCCUAUUAGCAGAGAGUUAUCACUGGCCUAUUAGCAGAGAGUAAUCAGGGGCCUAUUAGCAGAGAGUUAUCACUGGCCUAUUAGCAGAGAGUUAUCACUGGCCUAUUAGCAGAGAGUAAUCAGGGGCCUAUUAGCAGAGAGUAAUCACUGGCCUAUUAGCAGAAAGUAAUCACUGGCCUAUUAGCAGAGAGUAAUCAGGGACCUAUUAGCAGAGAGUAAUCACUGGCCUAUUAGCAGAGCCUUAUCACUGGCCUAUUAGCAGAGUGUAAUCACUGGCCUAUUAGCAGAGAGUAAUCAGGGGCCUAUUAGCAGAGAGUAAUCACUGGCCUAUUAGCAGAGAGUAAUCAGGGGCCUAUUAGCAGAGAGUUAUCUGUGACCUAUUAGCAGAGAGUAAUCACUGGUCUAUUAGCAGAGAGUAAUCUGUGGCCUAUUAGCAGAGAGGAAUCACUGGCCUAUUAAGGAACACAAUGCCCCCUGUUGCUGCUGGUCCUGCCACUGGCUCCUUUCUCCAUCAGUUCAGAGUAGUAGCCUCCGACCGGGCUGACCAGCACCAGCCGUUCAGAGUAGGAGCUUCCGACCGGGCUGACCAGUCUCAGAACCAGCAACAGUCUCAGUCACAGCCAGUCCAGCCCCAACCAGACCAGCCCCAACCAGACCAUCUUCAAACCCAGCCUCAGUUCAGAUUCAGAGCAACAGUCCAUGGUCAUACAGGUAUAGAGCCUCAGAACCGGCCUCAGACCCAGACCCCAGAUACAGCCUCGUACACAUCCUCAGACACUGUCCCAUCCUGACCAGCCUCAGCUCCAGUCUCAGCUCCAGUCUCAGCUCCAGUCUCAGCCCCAGACAGUGUUGGAGCCGCAGUGUCAGCCCCAAUCCCAUUUCCAAACGAGGCUGAAGCCUCAUCCCCUGAUUCCAUCCUGACUCAGCCAGUAUCCAACGGCAGGCUGUCGGGCCACGGGCGUAGCAACGGGCACGGCAUGGGCAACUCCUCCAGGAAGGAGGAGGACGACGAAGAGAAGGAGAAAGGGAAGGAUAAGGAUGGGGAGAAGGCGAAAGUAAUGGAGGAGGAGAGGAGGAGGAGGAAGAAGAAGAUGAAGGAGGAGAUGGAAGAUGACGAGCUGCCCCUAGGGGUGGAGGAGAUGCUGGCGAGCGGAGAUCCCGUCUUGGAUCUGAGCUAUAGAAAGUUCCGCAGGUUGCCCGGUGUGGUCUGUGGGCUACGCCACCUGGAGAAGCUGUAUGUGUGUCGUAACAGCCUUCGGACCCUCCCGGAGAACAUCGUCCAACUGAAGGGCCUUCGCAUCCUGGCUCUAGACUUUAACAAGAUGGAGGACAUCCCAUUGGCUAUCUGUCAGCUCCGUAACCUGACGCGUCUCUACCUGGGCUCCAACCGCCUGAUGUCUCUCCCUCCAGAACUACGUAACCUUCAGAGCCUUCGCUGCCUCUGGAUGGAGAGCAACUAUUUCACACGCUUUCCCCGCCAGCUCUACGACUUACCCCACCUCAGAUCCCUUCAGAUGGGGGACAACAGGCUGCGGACUCUGCCCCCAGACCUGUGGCGUAUGGAGGCUUUGCGAGGGCUGUGGCUAUACGGAAAUCGUUUCACCGAGUUUCCCCGUGUCUUACUCCGCAUGGUGGAUCUGGAGAUCUUAGACCUGGACAAGAACAAGAUCGAGGUGUUUCCUAACCUGAGCAGGCUCCCCGCCCUCCGACUCUUCUCCUACGACCACAACCCUGUGGAGGGGCCUCCCGGCGUGGGGGAGGAGGUGCUGCUGGUGGGAGAGGGGGCCCAGGAGGAGCUGCAGGACCGAGUGGACAGGAAGGCUAAGAAGGAGCAGGAGGCGAGGGACGCGGAGGAGGCUGCGCUGGCCGGGGUUGGGCCUGUGAUCCAGGGCAUUCUAAAGACAGCCAAACAGAACAGUGCGUCGCACGCCGGGCACAAGCAUAACGAGGUGAUAACCGCGGCGAUGCCCCUAACCGAGGAGGAGAGGAGGAAGAAGGAGAUGGAGGCGGAGUUAGAGAAGGCGUUGAACGACUACGGGGCGGGGCUUGAGUACGACUUGGAGGGGAUAGAAUACGAGAAGGAGGAGUUUAUAUGUGAGGGGGAGGGGUAUGAUGGCGGGGAGUUGGAGUACGAACGAGGAGAUAUAGACUAUGAGUAUGAGGAGGGGGAGGAGCUAGAGGAACCAGGAAGACAAGUGGGCCGGUAUUGAUGACUGACUAACUUCUCCCCCUCCAAAGCCUCUGACUCCUCCUCUCCUAAGCCUCUGACUCCUCCUCUCCUAAGCCUCUGACUCCUCCCCUCCUAUGUCUAGACUUGUUUGACAUUGCAGCAGACAUUGCAGGUGACUGACUGAUCUACAAGUCACCUUGCAAAAUAAAUCACUACUUAGAAUUAUUUGUAGAUCAGUCAGUCAGUCACAAUUUACCCACAAUCCAUCACAGAUGUGAUGCUCUCGGACACAGCCUCUGACUACUGCAACACUCUCAGGGCUAUAGGAGGUGAUGUGAAAAAACACCCAGGAAUUAUCUAGCAAGGUUAUCAAAAUAGUUUUCUUCUGCCUUUCUUGGCUCCAGCUGUCAUAACAAUGUCCAACUAGAGGGUUGUUUAACUUUUAGUAAAUCUUGUGUGAAAUUAAUUAAUUAAUGAAUGAAUUAAUUAAUGACUAGCCUCCUGAACCUGUGACUGUAAUAUGUGACUUUCUCUUUCUCUCUGUAGUUAGCAUUAGGACAGGGCUGACACUAAAUGACUAAACUCAUUAGAUGUUUUUCUAACUCACCUGUGAAGAUAUAUUAAUGCACUGCACAUUGUGGGGGUGAUGGCUGGAUGGAUGACUGGCAGGAUGGACUAUAGCUGGAUGGAUGAUGGCUGGCUGGAAGGCUGGCUGGAUUGAUGGAUAAUGGAUGGAUGAUGGGUGGAUGGAUGGAUGAAUGAUUGAUGGAUGGAUGGAUGAUGGAUAGAUUGAUGGAUAGAUGGAUGGA